AUCAUGUACCCAAGAUAGGGCUUCAUUCAGUCAAUCCUGGAUAUGGAAACUCUGGUCUAAAUACACACCUGGCUUCUUUUGGUCGGGCAUCCUUGAAUAUUUGAUGGUGUACCUAGACUGAGCCAGUUUGACUAAUCUUCAUGAUUAUAUUGGCCGUACUUGGUUACAUGGGCAUUACUAGUUAUAAGUUAGUUGGUGAGGUCAUACAUAUUCUUAUUUCAGGAGCUCUGCUUUCAUUCUAUCUGCAACCUGUUUACCUUUCUUCCAUUACUGUGGGACAAUCGCCUCAUGGCUCUGAAAUGGUUCUUGUUGUUGAUCUCUUGAAACAAGCGCUGCAUGAUCGCAUUCUACCAUUGUCAAAUGAGCUAAUGAGUCCCUUUCAAGUGAACCAGGUCUGUGAAGUGUGUACUCUGUGAUAUUCCAUUAGAGAAGGAAGCGGCUGUUGCAGAUUUUCUUGUCCCUAAGACUUGAAUGCCCUGCCAAAAUCCCAGUCAAUCAGAUUUCGUAUCGAGAAAUCAAGGAAAUGGCGCAGGAAUUCAAUUUAACCUCAAAAAUUCUAAAAAGAAGACCUCCCUUUAGUAAUUGGCCUUUGAAACUCCCACAUUUUGAGGCAUUCUCUGCCAUGAUAUAGUAAGGCCAGUGGAUACUCAGAGUGAAUACUCUUGUCUGUGCAUAUUAUGAUCUUCAUUGUGAAAUUAAUAUGGUAAUCGAGUAAUACUUUGCACUAAUUAUUUAGAGCUUUUCAGUAUACCAAUGUGGUUCGACAAGGACAGUUCCUCCAGCUUCAAGGAUAUAAUAUAAAUGGAAGGGUCUGUGUUGGUCUAACAAGGGAACGUGCAUUGCUUCACCUGUCGGCUGUCAAUGCUUUAAAAUGCACCUUUCAGCAUAUCAUCUCUUCAUGAAACAAGCUGGUAGGAGAUUCACAGUUAAUGUUUCGGUUCAGUUUGCUAACUAGCAGCAGCUGCACGGGUUUUUUCGUGAGCCAACUUUUAGUGCCACCCUGGAUGAAGGUUACGUACUACUUACUCUGAACUUCAUGAGUCAUAAGAAGUCAAUCCGUUGACUUACUAUUAAGCAAAUAAUCCGUCCCACACGGCCAUUUUUGUGGCCAUGAGCCUAAUUUCAUCCUCGGUCCCCUCUAUCUAGACCGUACAGAAGUUUCACCCAUUAGCGAAAACUCACAAAGUGAUGUGGGUUCCACAUGCCGGCAAGUCUGAUUAUGAACCUCCCAAACUCAAAACUAGUGCAAAUUGUCCAAGCAGGUCAACCACAGCAGCCUUACUUAGUGCCUAAUCCUUCUACUUGGUUUAAAAAGACUAGGAAAUCUAGAGAAGAAAAUUUUGAUCACUUUCGUCAAUAUUGACUCAGUAUACAGCAUAGAAAUCAUUACAGGACAGGACAGCAGGGCUAUCUCAUCUCAAGGUCUCUUGGAAGAGAGCUUUGAAGCAUAAACAUGAAAAGUUGGAGGCCAUUGAAGAAGAUAACUGCAGCAACUAUAAUCUUCUUGUUGUUGAUCUUCUUUGUUGCUGCGUUGGUACCUGCAGGCUGGAUCGAUGCUUUUAUAUUUUCAGGCGCUUAUUCUAAGAAAUCAAUCACAACAACCAGAAACACAACCACACCCAAGAGACCUGAAUUCCCACUGCAGUGUACCGAAGGAAUUAAUGUGACACAAGCUUGUCCAAGAACUUACCCUAUCACACACGACCCAACAAAUCCAAGCCGUCCAUCCAAUCUCACAUGCCCAUCAUAUUUCCGAUGGAUCCAUGAAGAUCUACGGCCAUGGAAAGAGACGGGAAUCACGAGGGACAUGAUAGAGAAGGGCCUUAGGGCUGCGGAUUUUAGGCUCUUGAUCGUGGACGGCAAGGCUUACAUAGAGAAGUAUAGACAAUCCUUUCAAACUAGGGAUAUGUUUACGUUAUGGGGCAUUUUGCAGCUUCUAAGGUUGUACCCCGGUAGAUUGCCUGACUUGGAACUCAUGUUUAACUGUGGUGAUCUGCCCGUCAUCCCAUCAAAGGACUUUCGGGGCCCGAAUGCUGGUCCGCCGCCGUUGUUUCAUUACUGCGCGGACCAGUGGAGCUUGGAUAUUGUGUUCCCAGAUUGGUCUUUUUGGGGCUGGGCUGAGAUCAAUAUAAAACCAUGGAGAAGUCUAUUGCAAAGCAUAAAAGAAGGCAAUAAAAGAACAAAGUGGGAAGACAGGGUGCCCUAUGCUUACUGGAAAGGUAACCCAAAUGUGGCUCGAACCAGAAAGGACCUUCUCAAAUGCAAUGUCUCGGACAAAAAUGGCUGGAACACACACCUAUAUAUUCAGAAUUGGGUGCAAGAAUCUAAACAAGGGUUCAAGGAUUCAAACCUAGAAAACCAGUGCAAGCACAGGUACAAAAUUUAUAUAGAAGGACGGGCAUGGUCUGUAAGUGAAAAAUACAUCAUGGCAUGUGAUUCUAUGACCUUGUAUGUAAGGCCUCGCUAUCACGAUUUCUUCAUUAGAGGCAUGGAGCCAUUGCAGCACUUUUGGCCUAUUAGGGACAACAGCAAGUGCACUUCUCUCAAGUUUGCUGUGGAAUGGGGCAAUAAUCACAAAGACAAGGCGAAGGCGAUUGGGGAGGCUGCGAGCAACUUCAUACAAGAAGAUCUAAAGAUGGACUAUGUGUAUGAUUACAUGUUUCAUGUGCUAAAUGAAUAUGCAAAGCUCUUGAAAUUCAAACCAACUAUGCCUCCCAAUGCAGUGGAACUAUGCUCAGAAACAAUGGCAUGCCCUGCAACUGGUAAAUGGAAGAAGUUCAUGGUGGAGUCUAUGGUCGAGUCUCCAAGUGAUGAGCUCCCAUGCACUCUGCCUCCUCCAUAUGAUCCUCUAGCUCUCCGCGAUUUUCUUGAGAGAAAGGCUAACUCAACUAGGCAAGUGGAAGCUUGGGAAAAUGAGUAUUGGCAAAGUAUUGAUAAAAAGCAAUAGAAGAUUUUUUCAUGUAUUCCAUAGGCCGUGACUUGUAAUUUAAUGUGUCCUAGACUGGAAAGAAGAGAUCUGAACACAAGCAUUCAAAGCUUGCUACAAAAUAAAUGGCUCUCCACUUGUAAAUAUCAACUCUGAUGGUUUGUUUCAAUGUAUUUCAUAAGUUUUACAUCAA